AUGAACAAGGUAUUUGCCAACGCCAGUGAUGCCCUGAAAGGGAUUGAGGACGGCGCCACCAUUAUGCUGGGUGGCUUUGGUCUGUGUGGAAUACCAGAGAAUUCCAUUAACGCGUUGAUGGCCUCAGGCGUUAAAGGACUUACCUGUAUUUCCAACAAUGCCGGGGUAGAUGAUUUUGGGCUGGGCCUGCUGCUAAAAACCCGCCAGAUAAAAAAAAUGAUGAGUUCUUAUGUAGGCGAAAAUGCAGAAUUUGAACGGCAGCUGUUGAACGGGGAGCUGGAAGUUGAUUUGAUACCACAGGGCACAUUGGCCACACGCAUCCAGAUGGCCGGUAUGGGCAUACCUGCUUUUUUUACGCCCGCCGGUUACGGUACAGAGAUUGCCAACGGCAAAGAGGUGCGCGAGUUUAACGGCAAAAAAUACCUGAUGGAAUAUGCGCUGCACGCUUCCUUUGCCAUUGUAAAAGCCUGGAAAGGCGAUACAGCGGGCAACCUGGUAUUCCGCAAAACUACCCGCAAUUUUUCCACCUCUAUGGCCAAGGCAGGCGAUAUUACCAUUGCUGAAGUGGAGCAGCUGGUGGCGCCCGGGGAACUGGACCCCGACCAGACUAAACCUAUACAUAUGGCCCUGGAUAAAUAUGGAAUUGCCCGGCGCAUUGCACAGGAGUUGAAAGACGGCAUGUAUGUAAACCUGGGGAUUGGUAUUCCUACACUGGUGGCGAACUAUAUACCUGCCGGCAUCUCUAUUACCCUGCAAAGCGAAAAUGGUAUGCUUGGCAUGGGACCUUAUCCGCUGGACGAAGAGAUAGACGCAGACCUGAUCAAUGCGGGCAAAGAAACGGUUACCGUGUUGCCUGGCGGUGCUUUUUUUGACAGUGCAGAGAGCUUUGGCAUGAUUCGCGCCGGAAAAGUAGAUCUAACGGUGCUGGGUGCCAUGGAAGUAAGUGAAACAGGUGAUAUUGCCAAUUGGAAGAUUCCGGGCAAGAUGGUGAAGGGAAUGGGCGGGGCAAUGGACCUGGUAGCCAGUGCAAAAAAUAUUAUUGUAGCCAUGAUGCAUACCAAUCCAAAAGGCGAGUCGAAGCUGUUGCCUGCCUGUACAUUACCACUAACGGGCGUGCAUUGCGUAAAACGCAUUGUAACAGAGCUGGCGGUGCUGGCUAUAACCACGGAAGGAUUUGUAUUGCUGGAGCGGGCACCAGGCGUAAGUGUGGCUGAAAUCAGGGAGAAGACGGCCGGAAAGCUGGCAGCGGCGGACAAUGUGCCGGAAAUGAAAAUUUAA